UCAAAUAUAUUGACGUUAUGACGCGUUUUGCGUUUUAUCUUGCAUGGGCUUUUGCAACAAUUAUGCUAGUAGCUUCUUCAUUGGCUUAUGCUGCUGUUGUGGAACACACUUGGGAUGUUGAGAACUUCAGUGUGGAGCGUUUGUGUAAUCAGCAUGUAAUAACUGGAGUCAACGGAACCUUACCAGGGCCAGGAAUUGAGGUUCAAGAGGGUGACACUGUUAUUAUUCAUGUUAAUAACAAAUCACCCUAUAAUGUUACUAUUCAUUGGCAUGGAAUAUUUCAACUUGCGAGCCAAUGGUCAGAUGGUCCAGAAUACGUAACUCAAUGUCCAAUAGGUCCUGGUGGUAGUUACACAUAUAAUUUCACAAUAACAGGACAAGAAGGAACACUUUGGUGGCAUGCGCAUUCCUCUUUCCUUCGUGCCAAUAUCUAUGGAUCCCUUAUCAUUAGGCCUUCAAAAGGCAGAUCAUACCCAUUCUCUCAAGUUCACCAAGAAGUACCCAUAUUGCUCGGGGAGUGGUGGAAUGAUAAUGUUGAGGAUAUUGGAAAUAAUGCAUCAAAAGGAAUAGCUCCGAGAAACUCAGAUGCUUACACAAUUAAUGGCUUGCCUGGCGAUUUCUAUAAUUGUUCUCAAAACCAGACUUACCGGCUGAACGUGGAGCAAGGAAAGAGGUACUUGUUGCGAAUUAUCAAUGCUGCACUGAAUGAACAACACUUCUUCAAGAUUGCAAACCACAGUUUGACAGUUGUAGCCAUUGAUGCUGGGUACACUAGAGAGUAUAAGACGGACGUUAUAGUAUUGGCACCGGGCCAAACCGUUGAUGCAAUAAUCACAACAAACCAAAGAGUGGGUUCUUAUUACAUGGCAUUCAGCCCAUACCGUUCCUCAAAUGUAAGAAACGAUACCGCAAUUGCAAGGGGAGUGAUUACUUAUGAGGGUGCAUCUUCAACAUCAGCACCUAUAAUGCCAAACCUGCCAGAUGCACAUGAUACGCCAACAGCACACAAGUUCUACUCUAAUCUCACAGGGUUGGCUGAUGGUCCUCAUUGGAUUCCAGUUCCACGUAAGGUGGAUGAAAACAUGUUCAUCGCAUUUGGAAUUGCCCUAACCGUAUGCAACCUUCCAGGACCAAGUGCAUGUUUAAAUGCCUUUGGGGUAAACUCACCAUUCUCUGCAAGCAUGAACAAUGAGUCAUUUGUGUUGCCUACAGGUAGAGGCUUCUCUAUGUUGGAGGCAUUCUACCGCAAUGUUAGUGGGGUUUAUACUAAAGAUUUCCCAAGUCAACCUCCACUUGUGUUUAACUAUACUGACCCUUCUUUAGAAACCAACACUAGCAAUCCCUUGAUCUUUGCACCUAAAUCAACAAAGGCAAAGACAUUGAAGUUCAAUUCAACUGUGCAAAUUGUGCUUCAAAAUACAGCUAUACUUGGCACCGAGAACCAUCCUAUUCAUGUUCAUGGAUUUAAUUUCUAUGUUUUGGCUCAAGGGUUUGGGAAUUAUAAUGCUACCAUAGCCGAACCACAGUUUAAUUUUGUUGAUCCACAAGUGCGUAACACAAUUUCUGUACCUGUCGGAGGAUGGGCUGUCAUCAGAUUCCAAGCAAAUAAUCCAGGAAUUUGGCUUGUGCAUUGCCAUUUGGAAACUCAUCUACCAUGGGGGCUAGCCAUGAGUUUUGAGGUUGAGAAUGGACCUACCCCUUCAACAAGAUUGCCUCCACCACCAGCUAAUCUUCCUAAGUGCUAAGUUCAUCAAUCAAUCACCACAAUCACAUUCAAACCUCAAUAAAUUUGACGAUUACAAAAAUAAGGAUUUAUUCAUGUUUAUUCAAAUAAAAUGUUUAUUAUAUUUAAAAU